AUGAAAAUCGUAAAUUUGAUGCAGUGGUGUGAAACAUUCGAUUCAUUGCUUGUGGAAGCCAAAUGGAGCAAAAGUGGAUCAUUACCAUCAACUGAUGAGUACCUUCGGAAUGACAUGACAUCGAUUGCUGCACAUACGUUGGUUCUUCCAGCUUCGUGCCUCUUGAAAUCAAGCUUAAGGAAUGCCGAUAUCAGCCCGUUCACCGAAUACGAGACCGUUACCAAACUGACCAUGCUUAUACGUCGUCUGUUGAAUGACAUUCAAAGCUACCAGAAGGAGAUGGAAGAUGGGAAAAUGAACUACGUAUUGCUAUACAUGAAAGAAAACCCAGACGCAGACAUCGAUGAUUCGAUCGCCUUUAUCAGGGACUUGCUGGACAAGAGGAAAGAGUUAAUGAAACAUGCUUUGAUGGAAUCAAGGCAACUCCACUUAUCAUGCAUGAAAGUGUUUCAAAUGUUCUUCAACUCCAGCAACCGAUACGAUUCGAAUACGGAGAUGAUUCAAGAUAUCCAAAAGGCAAUAUACGUUCCUGUAGAUGUUGGAACAUGGCAGCCAUUGGAUCCUCUUCCUUCGCAGUCCGGGACGAAGAAGGAAUUUCAAACAAUAGGUUCUCAUCAGCUUGUUCAACGACCUUUCAAAUAUCAGAACAAAAGAAUCGUAGGAUACCAAGCUUCUUUGCCCAUUGCAAGGCGUGGAUAUGCUAAUAUAUUUACCAUGCCAAGCUUUAGAUUGUCUUUCGCCUAGUCAAAUCAGUCUUGACUGUCCAUA